AGGGACGACUCCAGCGUGAUGCUGUUGGAUGUGAGCUGCUCUCCUCUACCCGGUCUCUGGCUGUCCCUCUGACUGAGCCAGUGGUGUGUGAGUCUGGUGACUGUGCUUCACCAGCUCUGGUGCUCGGCGGGCUGAGGCAGAAGCUGACUGGCCGGUUCCCUGCCUGGGCUGUCUGGAGCAGAGUGACUGGAGCCGAGGAGGUCCAGGGCAGGGCAGGGUAGGGCCGGCUGUAGGGCCGUUUGCGCCGGGGGGCCCCACGGGGAGCAAACAUGAGCGUCCCCAUGCUAAAGAUCGGGGCGGUGCUCAGCACCAUGGCCAUGGUGACCAACUGGAUGUCUCAGACUCUGCCCUCUCUGGUGGGACUCAACGGGACCACCAUCUCCAGAGGGGGCACCUCGGAGAGGAUUGUCAGCGCUCUGUACCCGAGCCCAGAGGAGGGCUGGCAGAUCUACAGCUCGGCGCAGGACGCAGAUGGGAAGUGUAUCUGCACCGUGGUCGCACCGGCCCAGAACAUGUGUAACCGCGACCCGCGCAGCAGGCAACUUCGCCAGCUCAUGGAGAAGGUUCAGAACAUUAGCCAGUCGAUGGAGGUGCUGGACCUGCGGACGUACAGAGAUCUACAGUAUGUCAGGAACACCGAGGGCCUAAUGAAAGUGGUGGAUGGAAAGCUGAAGGUGGCCUCCGAGAAUCCCCGCAGUCUCAAUCCAAAGGGCUUUCAGGAGUUGAAAGACAAGGUGACCCAGCUGCUCCCCCUGCUGCCAGUGCUGGAACAGUACAAGACGGACGCCAAGAUGAUCCUGCGUCUCCGGGAGGAGGUGAGGAAUCUGUCCUUGGUGCUGAUGGCCAUCCAGGAGGAGAUGGGCGCCUAUGAUUACGAGGAGCUUCGCCAGAGAGUCCUGCUGCUGGAGACCAGGCUCCACUCCUGCAUGCAGAAACUAGGCUGUGGGAAGCUGACUGGCGUCAGUAAUCCCAUCACAGUACGUGCAUCAGGGUCAAGGUUUGGCUCGUGGAUGACCGACACCAUGAUCCCCAGCUCAGACAACAGAGUGUGGUCCAUGGAUGGUUACUUCAAGGGACGGCGUGUCCUGGAAUACCGCACCAUGAAUGAUUUCAUGAAGGGCCAGAACUUUGUGCAGCACUUGCUGCCUCACCCCUGGGCAGGCACCGGUCAUGUGGUCUACAACGGCUCGCUGUACUACAACAAGUACCAGAGCAACAUCAUCAUCAAGUACCACUUCCGUUCUCGGAGCGUGCUGGUGCAGCGCAGCCUGACCGGGGCCGGCUACAACAACACCUUUCCCUACUCGUGGGGCGGUUCCUCUGACAUCGACCUGAUGGCGGAUGAGAAUGGCCUGUGGGCCGUUUACACCACCAUCCCCAACGCUGGGAACAUUGUCAUCAGCCGCUUGGAUCCCAUGAGUCUGGAAGUGCAGCAGACUUGGGACACAGGAUUUCCCAAGCGCAGUGCUGGAGAGUCUUUCAUGAUCUGCGGCACACUUUAUGUCACCAACUCCCACCUGGCUGGCGCCAAGAUCUACUUUGCCUACUACACCAACACAUCAAGCUACGAGUACACAGACAUCCCUUUCCACAAUCAAUACUCCCACAUCUCCAUGAUGGACUACAACCCCAGGGAGAGGGUCCUGUACACCUGGAACAACGGACACCAGGUGCUCUACAAUGUCACACUGUUCCAGGUUAUUAAGACUUCUGGGGACUGAGAGCCCUCAGACGGACCCACUCAAAUAAUGCUGUGAUCAUUGUUCGGGGAGGGGCAAGCGGGCCGGGUGGAGGUGGGUGGGGUUUUGGGUUGUGUGGGAUCAGGGGCUUCAGUGUAAGGGCAUAGGCUUGGAUUUUUUUUAAAGAAUUUCAAUCUUCAUAGAGUGCUAUUAUUCACAUUCUCAAAAAAAACACUACGGCUCAAGGUCGGUAAAGAGACAAAAGACUGAGCGCUUCUCUUAUUUUUCUUUCUGUGAUGAGUAAGCAUGGUUCUUUUUAUUUGUGAUGAGAAAUAAAUAUCAAUCUUUACCAUUUA